AUGGCUAAGAGAGUCGGCACUCAGAAUACAGAGAUGCCUGUCAGUGCCAUGGCAACAUGUCAACAAAACAAGCCAUCCAAACUUUACACAAGGACUCUGAUUGGUGACUGUCUGUCGUGUAGAGAAGCAGUGGCCUUUCUAAUUAGCCCUAAGAGUUAGACCCUCCUAUUGAGCAAGAUAGGUUGCAUGAACACACACUGCACUACAUGCUGGUCAAAUGCAGUGCAGUGAUUUCACUCUCAGCACAAAUAUUUUAAUGCCACAUUGAUUCUAAAAAAAAAAAAAACUAACAAAAAGCUAAAUUGAAAAGUGAUUUUUGCAUAAAGGUAGCAAAAUAUAUCUUUCUCAGUAUCAAUAUCACCAUUACUCAGUGUCAAAGUCAUGGUUCAUGGGAAGAAGUUGGCCAAGGAGACGACGCUGCCUUCUGUGCUGGAAGACGAUGACGCAGAAACAGAAAGUGAGAAGAUGCAGCUGGGGGAGCAAAGAGUGAGCGGGACAGAGGUCGACGUGCGUGGGCCAACGGACCAACGCUCAAGCCCUGACGGGGACAUGCUAGAUGGAGGUGAAAGAGAGGGUGAAGAGGAGGAGGAGGAGAAAGUGGAGGAGCUGGGAGGAGAGGAGUGUGUGAUCUCUGAUGAGGACUACGACACAGAUUUGGAGUUCGGAGAUAAGGAGGAGGCAUACGACCCGACAGGACAGACGUGCUACAUGGAGGCGUGUGAAACGUUACAGGUGGUACCUGCCUCUUACUUCCUCCAACACAUGCAAAAUAGCGAGCUGUCCAUGAUGCAUCGUGGCCUGGGACCUCAGGGCACCAAAGCACUGGCGGUUCCCCUGGUAACUAACACUUCAAUACUGACGCUGAACCUGCGAGAUAAUUGGAUGGAAGGAAUGGGCGGAGCUGCUAUAGCCGAGAUGUUAAAGGAAAAUUGUUACAUUACAGAGGCGGACCUCUCCGACAACAAUCUUGGGGAUUAUGGUGCCAGAGCCAUAGCUGGUAUGCUUAAGGAGAACAUCACCCUGGUGAGCCUCAAUCUGUCAGGAAAUCGUUUCACAGACCGGUCUGCUGAACACUUCAGCCCAGCACUGACCACCAACACCAAGCUACAGCACCUUGACCUCAGCCACAACGCUCUAGGAGAGCGUGCAGGGCAAAACCUGGGAGACUCUCUGUCAGAGAACACAGGGUUGCGAUCACUAAGUCUGGCCUGGAACUGCAUUCGAGGGAGAGGAGCUGUGAUGUUGGCCAAUGGCCUCGGGGGAAACAUUUUCCUUAGAACUGUGGAUCUGUCAUUUAAUGGCUUUGGUAAAGAAGGAGCCAUUGCUUUAGGACAGGCUCUGAAAGAGAACACCGUUUUGGAGGAGUUGAAUGUGAGUAACAACCGAAUACCCCCUGAAGGAGCUAUCCGCCUAGCCAUGGGCCUCAAAGUAAACAAGACAAUCAAAUCCCUGAAUUUGGGUAGGAACCCCAUCCAGAAUGCGGGGUGCUAUGGGAUCCUCAAGUCUGUACAGGAAAACCCAGAUUCAGCCAUGGAGGCAUUAGACUUUUCGGACAUCACAGUGAACCAGGAUUUUGAAGACUUGUAUACGGCAGUCAAAGAAAUAUUCCCUGCGCUUGCAGUAAAUCAUGGGGGCAGAAUUGGCACAUACAGAAAAGCAAAAGCUUGAAAAGUUUUUUGUGUAAAUUGUGUAAAAAAAAAAAAAAAAAAAAAUGUAAUUGCUGUACUUUUAUGCCAGAAAAGAUGGAAGGAGUCUUGUCAAAUCCCUGUGGACCUUUUUAAUCGGCAGAUGAACCAAAGGAUGAAUGCAUGCAAGCAUAAUAUUUUAAAGAUGUAAUUUUUUUUUAAAGAGCCAUGAGAGAAUGUUCCUCUGAAUGACAUGUGUUUAGAUAAAAUAAAACUUGUUGAAUACCCAA